ACGGUGACCGGCGCGCACCGGCAGCGACUCUGCAGCCGGGUGCGGCCCGGGGCGCGCGGACUAGAUCCGGAGAAGUUUCCUGAGUUUCUGGGAAGGCCCGGUUUCUCCCAAAGGAGAAAUUUCUCAUAUCAGUCUGAAGAUCGGAUGCAAGGAAAAAAAAUUCCAGCAUAGCCAAUGAAUUAAGGAUAAGAAGGUUUCCACUCAGUCCCUGCUAUGUGGAUAUUUGUUAGCAAUGACUGAUGUGGAAACUACAUAUGCAGAUUUCAUUGCUUCAGGAAGAACGGGUAGAAGAAAUGCAAUACAUGAUAUCCUGGUUUCAUCUGCAAGUGGCAACAGCAAUGAAUUAGCCUUGAAAUUAGCAGGUCUUGAUAUCAACAAGACAGAAGGUGGAGAGGAUGCCCAGCGGAGUUCAACAGAACAGAGUGGGGAGGCCGAGGGGGAAGCAGCCAAACCUGAGAGCUAACACCCCGCGUUGAUCUUCCUCCACCUGACCAUGUCUCAGGUCUCCAGACCUGGCAGGAAUGUAUUUGUGUCCACGGGUGACAAGGGGAGAAAGGAAAUGGCUGUGCUGAGUGGCAGGAACCUGCUCGCUGUCAUGUUAAACAUGGGGGCAGAGGUUCUGGCUGCAGGCAGACUUUUCUCCACCUCUGUCCUUAGCAAUGGCUGAAGUCACGUGGCUUGUGUCUGGAUGUCAUUUUGUAGGGAUCCGUGCACUUGACCACAUGACGAAACGCUUGUAGACGGUAGCAGCGUGAUGAUUCUCCCUGUAGCAUCUGGCCCCUCACAGUGUCAGAGGAUUUAAUUGUGUCUAAUUGCAAAGGGUUGGUUGAAACCCAGAGUUUAAGUAUCUCUGGCCCAAGUAUUCACCCAGUAAGAAAACCAUCCAGAAAGCACUGUUUUUAGCAUUAUGUGUCCAUGUGUUCCUGCUGUGUGACUUACACUGUUUUGUAUUGUACAAUAUAGAUUCUGGGCACUGAAUGCCCCCUUCUCUGAUUGCUCAUGAAAAACAAAAAAAUGUACGUACUGUGAAUUUUUAUACCGCUCAUUUUUAAAAGGGCUGCCUUCUUUUCUUCUCCAUAGUGUGAUGGUGUACACAAGAUAGAACAUACUUUUUUAAAACUUAAUAUUUCCCCUUGAUUCACUGCUGAUGAAUCGAUGAAGUCUAAUAGUUCUGUCAGGACUCCUUUGCUUUUAUGAUGCAGGAAUAUGGAAAGAUCCAUUAAUGUGAAUAUUACCUGAAUUCAGUAGGUCUGCUGUCUGCAUAGACCAGAAUUCAAUCUAAAAAUUUUAUUCUAUUCCCAGGUAGAGAACUUUCCCCAACUAAUAUUUUUAUCUUUGAUUAUGAGGAUUUGGGAGAAUUAGGAAGGUAGGAAAGAGAAGCUGGGAUAAUGCUAACAACUGGAAAUGUUUUAUUCUUAUGGAAUAGAAUUUCUCACAAUGCUGUACGCUACUGUUUAAGUUUGGAAGACAGCUUAUUUCCAAGGAGAUUAAAAAGAUGGAGAAAAUGAUCUCCUUGCAAUCAUGUGGACACCAAUCACAAAAAUAAAGCCCUCGUGUUGUGUUUUUCUUGUCCUUUUUCGGCCCUAUCAGAUCCAGAUGUUAUUAUGCACUUUUUAAUGUUUGUAAACUUUUACUAAUAAUUAGUGUGACUUGCAUUCUGAUAUAAUCAUCAUCAUCAUUAGAAGCUAACAAAAUCUUCAUUCAUACUGUUGAUGGCCUCAGCUAUGUUCUGACAUCAUGGUUCUUAUUUGGAAAGUUUCUGUGAGCUGUGUAAUCCCUCCAGUCAGUAUUAUAAGGUCAUUUGUCAGUGAUAAUAAAUAAGGACCCAGUAAUAUGCCAUUGGCUCAUGAAUUACUGGACAACAGGAAGACCCUUUAUGAUAAAGGGCCCACCUAACUGUCCUCAAGGUCUUAGUCCAGUCCCAUAUGAAGCAGGCUAAGCAGCAUUUCAACAGGUAACCACAUGGAUAACCAGGAACUCAGCCCUCUUUUGUAUGUGCGAACAGGAUGAAAGGUAAGUCUGCCCUCAUCCCCCUCCCUUUAUAGUACUUUUCAAAGGAGAGGGAUAAGGUCAUGGGUAUCAUAUGGUCCUCAAUCAUAGAUUCCUAGAAAAAAAAAAUUGUUUAUAGUGUGAGUCUCUUAGAAAAUAGAAGAAAAAAUAAGUUUUAGAGGACUUUUUCCUAUCUAAACCACUAGGGUCCAAAAUGACCAUUUAAAAUUCAAAUAAAUCUACCUAUGAAUGGACUUACAAGUGGAAAAAGAGGUUCCUGAGGCUAUUUUAGACAAUCAUUGGUAGUCCACUUAAGACAUCCAACCCAUAAAAGCCCUUUUUCACUAUCCUCAUUUACUAUCCUCGUAACUUUCUUGUGACUCUAGGUUAAGUUCUCUCCGCCCUUCAAGUUGUGGAAUUCCACACUGAGUUCGUGUGGUUUUGUAAAGUUUAGGACUAGUGCUGAGAACAUGUGGAGGGUUGAUAUUCCUAUGUGAUAUACUAUGAUUAAUGCAUGUGAUGUCAUGCUUGUCUUUGAAUAUAUAAUAGAGCUAAACUGCAAAGUCAUAUAUAGCUUUUGAAUUCUUUUGACCUCUUACUGCUACUUUGUCUGCUGCAUUGAAACCCAGAGGCAUUCCCAAGCUGAAAGAUAAAAAUUCACUUUCCACAACGCCUACUUGACAAAUAUUGCUCAGCAAAAGUUCACAGGAUCUUCCAGAUUUUAUCAUAAUAUCUUUUACUUGCAAGUCAGUAAUAUACAAGAAAUUGAAUUUUUAAGGAGAGUAGGAGAGGGUAGAAAAGCAAAGGCACUGUUGAUAAUACACAGUGAAUGCCAAUUAACUAACCAACAUGCCAAUCACUUUCCAGCGCUCAUUCUCCCACUGAAUCCUCAAACAAUUCAGUUAGAGGUAGCAUUAUCCCAUUUCACAGAUUAGGAAAUUAAGGCAGAAUGGGAUAUAACUUCUCAAAGCUUAAAAGGCUAAUACUUGAUGAAAUUAAGAUUUGAACCUAUCUUCAUCUGUCUCCAAGGAGAUUUCUACUGCACAGGCCAUAAAUCCAAAGCCAAUAACAGAGCAUGUGUCUCUAGAUUGGGAACAUUUAGAAGUGGGUGAGUUCAGCCUCCAUAUUUUAGAGAGGGAAACUGAGUCCCAGGAAGGGGAAUUGUCUUCCUCAAAGUUACCUACGUGACAAAUGACACACAUGUGUCCAAAUUGUGGAAACUAUACUUUUUAAAGAAAGAAAUGAGCAUUUAUUUGUGUGUGUGUGUGUUAUACUUCCCAAAAGUUCUUUUUCUGAUAUGCAGUCAAUAAAUUUAGCACAGUUCAGGUAUUUUUUAUGCCCUGUGCUACCCAUUUUGUUUAACUAGAAAUAUGACAAUUUCAAUUUUUGGACUCAUUUUCAACAAAUGUGAACUUAUCAAAUUUACCUUUUUAUCGAUUGUAAGCCUCUUAUGCCAGCAUAUUGUUAUCAUAAAUUUAUUAAAAUGUUCUCACCAAUGGAUGACAGGCAUCCUUCAACUUGGGGGCAAUACCCCAAGAGCUGCGCACUAUAGUGCCCUACCCUUGAGUCUUCCUCAGACCCAGUGGAAAUCCACCGUUUUAGAAGAUGAAUGAUACUGCUAUUCCUCUUCAAAGAUGCGAUAAAGAGUAAAGAAAUGUAACUGCCUGCAGGUAGCAAUGCUUUGUGAAGUCUAAGUAAUAGGGAGAAAAUGUAUAGUCAUUGAGUGAGAACAGGAAAGGAUCUGUGAUUUAUGGUAUCUUGAUAGGCCCUACAUUGUUCUUUAAUUAAAAGUGGCAGUCUCUGAAGUCAUUUGUGAGCUUGUAUGACUUUUGUAUCUAGCAAUGUUGCAU